CAUUUGGGCGACGGGGAGAGGAUUAACCACCCUGUCUGCUUGUAUGCGCCCCCAUGGGCUCUCAUGAGCGCACAAGCUAGCUAGCUAGAUCAUGCUGGUAAGGUCGGAUGUGAACCAGCCUGCCCCCUGCCCUCACGCGCUUGCUUUUUAUGGGCAGGGCUUCCCCCGCACUAUGACUAUUAUGAUACAAGCGUGUGAAACCACAGUCGGGAGGACGAGCUGCUGCCGCACAAGGACGAUGAUGCCACAGGCUUGGCGGCGCCGGCGAGAUUUCUGGCUCUGUAAUCUCGCUUUGUGAAAAAGACGAGCUGAAGCCGCUCCAAGCAGGAGAGGGAGGAGCAGGAGCAGGAGGGCGGGCAAGCAAGCAAGCAAGCAAGCAAGCAGCCAGCCCCGGCUCCUCGCUCUCGCAUUCUCCGUAAUACUAGAAGGCACCGGCACCGGCUGGGAUGGAUGCUGCCGCCGCGGGCAACAAGGAGCGGGAGGCUGUGCAGCUCCUGGCCGAGGCGGAGAAGAGAGUGAAAUCCUCGCAUUCCUUCCUCAGGGGGCUCUUCGGAGGAAACACAAAGCUAGAAGAAGCAUGCGAAAUGUAUACUAGAGCUGCAAAUAUGUUCAAGAUAGCAAAGAACUGGACUGCUGCAGGGAAUGCAUUUUGUCAGGCAGCCAAAUUGCACAUGCAACUACAGAGUAAACAUGACUCAGCGACCUGUUUCGUGGAUGCAGGAAAUGCUUACAAAAAGGCAGAUCCACAAGAGGCUAUCAACUGCUUACAUGCUGCCAUCGAUAUUUACACAGACAUGGGGCGCUUUACUAUUGCUGCCAAGCAUCACAUUACUACUGCAGAGAUUUAUGAGUCGGAGCUGGUAGAUAUUGAAAAGGCAAUUGCACAUUAUGAACAAGCUGCUGAUUAUUACAAAGGGGAAGAAUCCAACAGUUCUGCUAACAAAUGCCUGUUGAAAGUAGCAGGAUAUGCUGCUCAGUUAGAACAAUAUCAGAAGGCCACUGAAAUCUUUGAACAGAUUGGAACAAGUACGAUGGAUAAUCCAUUGCUCAAGCACAGUGCAAAAGAUUAUUUCUUUAAAGCUGCUCUGUGUCAUUUUAUAGUUGAUGAAUUGAAUGCUAAGCUUGCUCUUGAGAAAUAUGAAGAAAUGUUCCCAGCAUUCACAGAUUCAAGGGAAUGUAAAUUAUUAAAAAAGUUGCUGGAAGCUCAUGAGGAACAAAACUGUGAAGCCUACACAGAAGCAGUGAAAGAGUUUGAUUCAAUAUCUCGCUUGGAUCAGUGGCUUACCACCAUGUUGCUUCGCAUUAAAAAAUCAAUUCAAGGCGAAGGUGAUGGAGACCUGAAGUGAAUUGUUAGUGCAAUUUGUGGCAUAUAAGUUGUCUGUUGAAGUGCUCUGUGUUGUGGCCAAGGACCAUGCUUCUUACUUAACUGAUUGACUGUCUUGUUUAGUAUCCUAUUGUGGCUCAUUUUGUGUAACUAUGUAAAUAUUGUGUAAAAUAUUCUAUAUUUUAAUGUGUUUGGGGUUUUUUUUUUGGUGUGUUUAUUUUUAAAUGCAAGACAUAUGGCCCAACCUUGUGUAUGUUUAAUUGAAAGCAAGUCCCACUGGGUUUGAUGGGACUUCCUCCCACAUAACCAUAUACAAGAUUGCAGUCUUAGUCAUAUAAACCCAUUCCGCUGAUGUGAAAUGCCAGUCACCAUGAAAUUAUGCACUCAUAAUACCAGAAACCGUGUUCUCUCCCCUCCCUGCUGCCAUGCGUCAUGAGUUUGAACAACUGUUGGCCAUCUAAACUUGAUUUGGAUCCUUUGUCAUACAACAAAAAUGUCCAUUUCUUUUCUGUAUGGCAGAGUGCCGCUUUCUGAAUGGGGUGGGUGGAGGCAUUCACACUUUCCCUGCCAAAAAAAGUGUGCUUGUUUCCAUGUAAGGGGAAUAGUGGAUGCCACCCUUUGUAUUUUGAUAUGGACAUUUGUGUCCUUUAAGUGUGGUUUAUGUUGCCAGGUAUGAAACUGAAUAUGACUGAGUCAUAACACUAUACUGAAUCGACAUGUGGCAGCAAGUAAAAUGCAAGAUCUCUUUAAAGAUGUACAUGAGUUUCAUGUGGUUCAAAAACAAGAGUAUAAACCAUUUUUGAUGCAUAAUAUUCUGGCCUAUUUAUCCAAAUGUUACCUCAGUUACAGUGGAAUGUGUCUAUUUUGACAGUGUGGAUGAAUGAAAAUAUGUCUACUGUAGAUGUUAGUUGCGUAAUUUGAGACAAUGAACAGUGGGCCUGAAAUUGUAGGAAGUAAUACUGGUUCAUUAGUAAAAACUCCCAAAGUCACAGCAGUCUGAUAUCUUUAUUAGGACCAACUAAAACAUCUCAGAGUAGUGAGCAAGCUUUUAGGUUCUCCAGAACUCUCUCUGAAUUGGUCCAAUCUAGCAGUUCUGAUGUAAUAUGCAAAACAUUGUUACUCUGCCCACUUCAGUAGUGGGGAAAGCUCUAAACACAGGAACUCUGGAGAGAAUAAAGCAGUUCAGGCCCUCCACCCCACACCUAUGUGUGCGUUGGAAAUCUGCAGAGCUUUCAGUCAGGGUAGCUGUAAAUACAUAGGAUUGAGAAGCGUGAAAAGUAUCAGCCUCUCUGAAAUAAAGGAACUGGGUUUUAUUUUUGGUAGCUAACAAACAAGUAGAUUGUUUCCCCUUCUGUCCUUUAUUUUGUUGUUUACUAGACUAGGGUCCUCUAAACCUUUGAUCCAUGAGCGUGUAUAGGUUGUUUAUGAUGCCUUGCAGUAGCAAUCAUUUGCUCUCACUGUAUUUUAUACUGCUCCUUGUUUUCUGUCAAAUGUUGAGUUUACUGUAAGUGUGAUAGAGUUGUUCUGAUAGUGUUGGUGGAAGGCUUGUAAUUUUUGUAUACUGUGUGUGUGUGUGUGUGUGUGUGUGUGUGCACACAUGCACGUGCACCUAAUAAUCAUGUAGAAAUACAAUAUGACCUAGGUCUAAAGAUGCUACCAAUCCUUAUAAGGGGGCUAUAUUGCUUCAGACUGCAAGUGAAAGAUGCAGACAUAUUGGUUACUGUUUCAUUACAUAAACAUUCUCCACAGGUACAAAACCAGCACAGCAGGGAAUGGUUGGGGCUACAGCAAAAUCUGUAGAACCUAAAGGCAUCAAAUCCAAUUUACCCCCAUUUAUAAAUUGCCAGACUUUUUGAUAAAUUGCCAGACUUUUGAACUAAAGAAAUAAGAUUAGGAAUUGAGACUUCUGGUUUAACAAUAAAGCAUAAGAUGUCAUCUACAUAUAAAAUCAACUUGUGCUCUAUCCUGCCUAUUGUAAUACGCUUUUUGUUAUCAGGAUCACUAAUAGCACAAGCCAGGCAUAUAACAAACACCAUACUGAAAAAGGAGGCGAUUGAUGAGAUCUCUAGCUUUAUGAAAAAUGACUUAGAUCAGUGGCUACAAUUCCAUUAAGUAUUUGGGGCAAAAUAAAUAAAUAAAUAAAAGACCAAAAUAAUCCCAGUGGUAAUUGGUGCCCUAGGUGCAAUUCCAAAACAACUUGAAGAGCACCUCAACACCAUAGGGGCCACAGAAAUCACCAUCGGCCAGUUACAAAAAGCAACAUUACUGGAAAAAGCCUAUAUUCUGCGACGAUAUCUAUAAUAAUAACAACAGCAACAACAUUGAUAAUAAAAUUCAGCCAUCCCAGGUCCUUGGGAAGGACUCGAUGUCUGGAUAAAACAAACAAGUUAAUAACACCUGUUGUUACAAUACAAUAACUGUGUAAAAAAUGAAUGAAUGAAUGAAUGAAUGAAUGAAUAAAUAAAUAUUCUUUCCAAGGCCUUCAUUGCAACCCUACCAAGUGCUAGACUGUGGCGUAUUCCUUGACUGCUGGAUCCUUUACUAUUGAUGGUCAAUCCUAAAAGGCAGAAGCUAUUCACCACUUCAGUGUCUUCAUUAUCAAUUCUGAGACUGGGUGCUGUACCCCUUGUCAUUAGUUUAGUCUUCUUUACAUUUAGUUGUAGUCCCAUUUUUUCACUGUGCUCCUUGACUUUCAUUACUAUAGCUUGCAGUUAAUCUGCAUUCUCAGCUAUAAGAGUAGUGUCAUCAGAGUAGAAGAGGUUAUUGAUGUUUCUUCCUCCAGCUUUAAAACCACUCUCAUCUUCUUCCAGUCCAGCUUCCCUCAAUAUAUGCAGAGGCGUAUCUAGGGGAAAUAGUGCCUAGGGCAAACACUGAAAUUGCGCCCCCUGUCCAAGCAUCUGACACCCAUCUUUCAGAUAACUUUACCAUAAUAUCAGCUGAAAAAUACAAGUCAGGCUUGUUAAUCUUUUAAUAUUUCAAAAACUAUUUAGCAGUGGACUUAGCCAGACCAAAAAAUGCUGGAAAACUCAAAUUUCAGUAUGCUGGGGCUCAUGAAAUACCCAAAUACUAUGUGGAGAUGUACUUGGAAAACUAAACAGAAGUGCCUGUCUAAUUCUCUACUAUGCAUUGUAGCAUCACCAUUACAUAAGUUUUAAAAAUAAAUGGAGAAUUUGACUUUCCCCAGAUACUCUGAAAAAAUAAUUAAAGGAUAUGCAGAGUAAACUGCUUGGAAUAUAUUCUAUAGUCACUGCUUGGAAUAUAGUCACUGCUUGGAAUAUAUUCUAGUCUUUCAGAAAGACAGUUGAAAGAGAGCAAGAAACUCCCAGUGGGCCUUAAUACUAAGGAUUUCACAUUGAUUCAAAGACAAGCUCACCAUUAAUAGCCAUAUUAGCAAGACAUCACAUUUAACUCACUUAUCACAAGAAGCAAAGUAAGAGCAAAUGAAUACAAUCCUAGCUCAUAAGCUUCAGCUCAGUAUUCACAAGCCUUGAUUCUCUGUACAUAGUGCCAAUCUGACUAUGUGUACAGUGUCUUAUAUUAAUUAAUUAAUUUAUUUAUUACCUGUAGCCCCUUUGGGGGGCUUCCUAAAGGCUGUGGGGGGUUUUUUUGCAAAGGUUUCCCCUCCCCUCACUGGUCUCUAGGGCCUUGCACGGACCAUUUGAGCAUGUGUGGUGGACAUUUUAAAAAAUAAUCUUCUUUUUUUUUUAAAGGCCACUGAAAACAAAAUGGCCAGCAUGCAUGCUCAAAUGGCCUCUGCAAGGCCUGGCAUGACCUAGGGACUCACAGAAGCCAUUUGAGCAUGCAUGGUGGCCAUUUUGUUUUCGGCAGCCAUUUAAAAAUUUUUUUUAAUUUAACAAAAUGGCGCCCCCUUCAAGUGGCGCCCGGGGUACGUGCCCUGCCUGCCCCACCCUAGAUAUGCCCCUGAGUAUAUGUUCAGCAUAUAAAUUGAAUAAAUAAGGAGAAAGUAUAUAGCCUUGUCUUACUCCUUUGCUGAUCUGGAAACAGUCUGUUUCACCACGUUCUGUCUGGACUGUGGCUUCCUGUCCCGUGUUUUUCAUGCAUAAACAGGUAUAGAAAUCUGUUAAACAAACAAACUUAAACUUGAAACCCCUUUACUAACUGAUGGUCCAGGAAACUGCGCAUGAAGAAUCUACUGGUCCUUGACUCCAAAAAAGUUGAGAAACACUGAUCUAGGUCAUGACCUGUGUUUAAAACCAUAAGGCAUAUAUGGAAAAUUUUGGGUUCUAGACACGGUUUUGAUCCCUUCUUGCAUGAAAAGCUUACAUUGUGGAAGAAUCCCUGUUUAAUGAUUGCUCGUAAAUCUUUUUUGAGGUCUAACUGAGCCUCCCAUAACAUCAUUACAUUAGAUCAGUUGAUCUCUUCUGAAGCCGUUUUCAAAUCUUUUGAAACCUUGAGAACCGAGUUUGAUACGUUUCUAAAUGCUAGCUGGCAGUUUAUUCAGCUGAAAUAUCUAUCAUCAUGACUUUUUGAUCCUCAUGUGAUCGUAGCUUCUGAAACUCCGUCUCUGUUAUUAAACCUGGAACAUCAUUUGGAUGCACCUGCACCUAAACCUGUAACCUUGCUUUAUCAGAAGCUUAAAGACAUUGAUAAUAUCAGAACUUUGGACCAAUGAUCUUGAAUAUCUUAUUCAAUUAAAUCAAUUGUAGGUACCUUUUGAAGACAGUGAAAUGUGCCCCUUUUGGAGCUCAAAAUGAGGCUAUAACACAGCAGAAACUUUUAUUUCAUGCUUAUUGGACACCUCAGAAAGUGUUUAAUAAGGGUUGAUUGCAGACUUCUAGAUACUGGAGGUGUAAUUUGGUUAUUUUGCCAUUUUGGCUUGAAAUCUAUAAGAUAGUUAACAUGACUUUGCAGCAAUCAUUGCUUGUCAAGAACAUUCAUGUUUUGUUGAGGUACAUUCCCAGCAUAUGGAAUCUAGAAUCCAGAAUUAUGGAUUCUUUGUGCUUGUGUGUGGGUCACAAUUAUAAUCAGCACAAGAAGGACAGAUUUACUCCUGAAUGUCAGCUUUGGGUAACUGAUAUGGGCUCCUUGACAGCAUUCGGGAGGGUUUUCCGACGAAGGUAAAGAAGAGGAAUUUUCAGCAAUUUGGUUGAAUUUCAAUCAAUUGUUUAUGUUUUGAAAAAAGAUAUAUAUCCUUAGAAGUUGUCUCCCCCUCCACCCUUGGUAGGUUAUUAUGUUAAAGUUAUACUAAAGGGAUCUUUUUAUUAUCCCCCCACUUUGUUUUCCUUUUAGUUAUACACAUAUAUGAUUGUUAUCCUGGAUUAUGUGCUGUGCUGAAUCUUAUGUGUUUAAAUUGAUUAUGUUAUGUACUGAAUCUUACUGGAAAGAAGGCAGGGGGAAUCAAGGGGAAGAGACACACAGCUGUGCACAUGGUUACGCGGUAUCUCUUUAAUAAAGAGAAAAGCAGAGGUUGUGGCGGGGGGACAUCAACGGGUGUUCGACUUCACAUUUGUGUGGACAUGGACAAGAAAGGCUGCGUACACACAUGCCUAUAUAGCGAUAUCUAUCUAAUCUAUCUAUCUCCAUCCCCCAGGGUAGGAUCUGAAGGCACAUGAUGCAAAAUGCUUGCUGAAGCUAAGCAGGUCUAGUCUGGUCAGUUCCUGGAUGGGCAUCCAUCUUGGAACUGUGUGUGUGCCACCUUUAGUUUGUGAAAGGUGGAAUAUAAAUGUAAAAAAAUAAAACUAUAGAUGUAAAGCUCUAUUUUUAUUUCUCAGGCAGACAUUUGUGCUUAAAUUUAUAAAUAAUAAUCUUUAUUUGUUGGCCUCUGGGUGGCUUCUUAAUGGCAUACCUCUUGUUUCUCUGAAAAUAGCUCCUGGAUUGCCUCUCUCCCCCCCCCUCCCCCCCCGAACCAUCUCUGGCUGUUGCAGGUUUGUGAUUUGUAUGUGUGUACUACACCUGAAUUCAUUCGUCUUUGUGCUGUUGAAGUGUUUCACUGCUAUGCUAUUUCCAGUUGUCAGUCUUCUUGAAUAAGGUACCUUCCCUCAGCAUCAUGCCAGAGCAAAACACAGCUCUGAGCUUAGCAAGUUCUGCCGAGUUCUGUGGGACUAGUGAGAGUCCAUAUGCCUGCACAGCAGGCCUUACUGCUGUCCUGGUGAGUCCUGUGCAUGCAAAAGGGUGUUGACUGCGCCACAUCCCAUCCCUAACUGCUUCACAUGCAAUGCUCCCUGCAGGGUCAGGGCAAAGAGUCCAGACACCAAAUGAAUGGAUGGUGUUGUCCACUUGGCAACUUGUUUAGGGGCUAAGAGGUCUGUGGGCCUUCCUCACAUGAGCCUGUUCUUGUCAAAGCUGACUGCCACAUGCACACAGCCUGCUCUUGUGUAUCAAGGCCAGAGUUUAAGGCCACACCUUUUGGAAGCAGCUUCACUGGCUGACUUUGGAAAGGUCUCCCACAAAAAUAUGUGCAAAACCUCCCCUUCCAGGAAGUUAUGCUAAACUUAUCAGUCAUUAUGCCAGGCUGCACAACUUCAGCCCUCCUAUAGAUGUUGGACUAUACCUCCCUUAAUCUCUGGUGAUUGGCCAGUGUGGCUGGGGAUGAUGAGAGUUGUAGGCCAAAAGCAGCUGGAGGGCUGAAGUUGUGCAGUUCUGAUCUUCAGUCACAGAAGGCCUACUAUCCUAAUGUACUGAUAUGUGCUUGUAUUGUGGUUUAGGAACCUGUGAAAUUAUCGUAAAUGCAUAACCCAGUGACGAAUGUGUUGCUAAUGUUCCAAGGGCAAUGUGGGCUGCUUGUUUUGUAACAUUCUGCACAGACGUGGUAAAUCUUUGUCAACUUACCUGUAUUUCGACAUAUCUUAAUAGUAGGAAAAUACUGCAGUCUUCACAUCCACUAGAAGAAUUCAAGCACCAGUCAUUUAGCUUUGGUCGUUGACUGAAAGGACCUUGAAGAAAGGGCAGUGGCUGGAUGUGGUUUUCAUUUUGUGUGUGAUGAGAAUUGUUUUAAGAAUUGCCAUUAAAGUGUGCUGCCCACUGGAAA